UAACCAGUGACAACCGAAGACAUCAGGGACGGUUUUUAGUCAUAGCGCACGAUUUCGUAGUCCCCGAAACGACUGUGGAAACAUGGUCUUCGAUAGGUUGUUGUUGAUAGGAAAUCAGACUUCAAGAGAAGCCUAUAAACAUACACUUGCGUGUGUUGCUGUGAUUGUUGGCACACACACAUACACACACACACUAUAAGUGGUGUGUUUACUGAGAAGGUGUAAUACGAUCAGUCUAGCAGUUGAAUGGCAUCGGUCAAAUAAAAUUAAACACUUGAAAUGAAAAAGGAAAACCCAUUUUUUCACAUUGCCACCAGAACGCACCGUUCCAUUGUAUCUGAACAAUUGUACUGAUUGUUUUCCGGUGACUCUAGAGGGACUUCAGCAAGACUCAGAUGGUCAUUUGCAAUGUAAGACAUGCUCAACUCCCACCCACCCAUACACCUGCCCCCCCCUCUCUCUGUCUCUGCGGUUGUGCUGCAGAGACAGGAACAAUGUGGCCUUUCUUACCUGUCGAAGGUGUACAUUCCAUCCUUACUAAACCAAGUUAGAAAACAGUACCCCCCUCCUUCGCACGGGCCGCUCGGCAAUCCCAGAUUUAACUCCAGGUGCGCCCGAUCACAGCGUCUGUGUUCAAACCACAUCCUCGCAGUGGAUUUCCUUUACAUGAUUACCUCAGGUAAUUUCACAUAGUUCUCACCCCGGAAAUACAUUUAUGCAUCUGAUAAGCGUUCGCCUGAUGCACUGAUAUUUAAGGACACGCCAUAGAUCCGGACGUGAUCUGAAACCACAUUUAUAAGGGUCGACGUGUCAAGGUCUAUAUUUGCUCAGUAUUCGUGGCUUAACCGUUUUGGUCUUUAUUUUUGUGGGAAACGUAAUUUGAACAUUUUGAAGUGCGAGUGUUGCAUUUAGUAGGAGACUUGAGGGCAAACUGUGGGUGCUUUACAGGAAAGCUGCUUACAUCGCCCAUAGACCCAUCCCAUUUAUGUGAGUGACAGCCAGAGCAGACAGGGUGAGUGGGAGAAAGAGUCAAUGAGACAUAAGGACAGGUUGAGCACAUUGCACACUUGCUUCAAAACUUGAACUGUCUCUCACUCUUUAAGUUUAACACAGGGGUCAAUGAUCUCGAUGCGCACAGGAUAAUCUCAUUUUGUGAAGACUUCUGAGCCCAGAACAUUAAGGAAAUGCUAAUAAGGUUGAUUCACUGCAUCAGGGGUGUGUCCUGAAUGUGUUCGGCAGUCAACGGUGUACUUCCCGUGAGGAUCAGUGAGGGACUGGCAAACCCUAGAAGACCGCAUGGGGAGUUGUCAAUGUCCACCAAUGUCACUGGUUUCCGGGCACACCAGCAUUUGGAGAUGGACGUGGCCUGGCAAGAACUGAUGGCCAUCACAGAUCUUCAGGAGUUCGAAGUACCCAAUGAGAAUCCCUUUGAAGCUAUUCCAUACCUGUCCUUGGAGCCCAUGGUUUCUCAAGGGGGAUAUGGGAUGGGUCAACCGCAGACUGAAUCCAUUCCAGGAACGUGCGAUGCUCAUCCUGCGGUGGUUUACGAAAACUCGUACUCCGAAUUGAUGCCACCUUAUCAGCGCCUGAAUCCACACAUGCAGGACAUGCACUAUGGAUUCCCCAGCGGCCAUGUUUCUUCUAGAAUGCUCACAAAUACGCAAGCUCUUCAUCCGCCUCUCAUGAGUUUUUUGGAGCAUAUGAACCUGACGACACGCAGCCAUGGCAUUGGAAGGGAUGGCCAUAGCUCAGGACAAAUCAAACAAGCCUCCGUGGAUGAUCUAGAAUCAGACUCCGGAUUGUCGCUCGGUUCGAGUCCGCCCCUCGCCUCCCCAGAAAACGCAGUGCAUGGGGUGCCUACUUACGUACCCACAAAUGGAACAAUGUGCUAUGCCGAAAGUAAAAUCGAAAGUAUGGGGGAACGGCCAAAUCUCCUCGGGUCUGUUGACUACCAACAGUCUUACAGCUCUUACCCAAGUGCUUCGUUUUCCACAUCCGCAAAUAUGCAAGCUGUCAAUCAGCAGGGCCAGGGUUACACAGGGCCAGGGACUGCGAUGCUAAAGCAACCGAUUUUACCUACGGCCCUACAUGACCUUCAGUUAAACGCAUCAAGUUUACCUAGGGUAGGUUCCUAUCAGCCCCCUUACCCAAAGCCUAAACCGAGCAGUGUUCCCGCACCUCUGAGCAGAGAUGAGCGACGAGCCUUUGCCCUAAAAAUCCCAUUUACACUGGACAAGAUUGUGAACUUACCAGUGGACGACUUCAACGAGCUGUUGACCCAGUAUACGUUGAACGAGGCACAGCUGGCACUUGUAAGGGACAUCCGUCGCAGAGGAAAGAACAAAGUCGCGGCUCAGAACUGCCGUAAACGAAAGUUGGAGAAUAUUGUGUAUUUGGAGAACGAGCUGGGACAGCUUAAAGCCCAAAGAGAGCAUUUAACCAGAGAGAGACUGGAGUUUCAGCAGAACUUAGCUAUUAUCAAAUGUCGACUGUCGGAUCUUUACAACCAAGUGUUUUCACAGCUACGGGAUGAGGAGGGACGUCCUUACUCUCUUGAUGAAUAUUCACUACAACAGACUAAUGACGGCAACGUUUACUUGGUACCACGAAACAUAGCCCUGGAAAAUGAAUGAACUUUGUAGCCAAUGAAAGCAAAGGUGUAAAUUCGUUAAGUAUUUUAACUCACUACUCAAGUAUCUGUACUUUAUCAUAUUGUACGUUUCACUACACUACAUUCUAUACUUUAAUAUCUUUAAACUUUUAAUUACUUGAGUAAAAGUAAUUAAGUACUAGAUUUUAAUGUAAUUAAGUAUUAAAUGAAAUUAUUUGAAAUGUAGUGAAGUAAAAAGUAUGAUAUUAUGCUUUAGAACAGAGGUCUUCAACCAUUUUCAGGCCAAAGACCCUUUAAUCAGCCCAUUCUCAUGAUUUGCAUAUAAAAAUCAUGCAAGUCGUGCAAUACAUACACCAAAUUCCAAUUUUGCAUGCAUAUGAUAAGCUAAUCCUUCCCGUUCCUUUAAUACAGCGCAUUUUUCGUGUCAUUUUGUAUAUUGGUUUCUAUUUCUUUUUGUUUUUCUACCAUUGUUGCUUGGGUUCAAUUCUAACCCCAACUCCAAGCGACCAAGGUUUAAAAAUAGACUUAAACAUGAAGAAACCUAUAUAUUAAAAAUGACAUCCUAAAGCAAAACCCCAAAAUUGAGAAUAAAACGAUACGAAAAGAUGUGCCUUUUUAAGUGAAAGGGAAGCACUGACGUAUCAUAUGCAUGCAAAAUUGGAAUUUGAUGUAUAUGUAUUGCACAACUUUUCACACUGCAUGCUUUUUAUACGCACUUGAGAAUGAGUUGCCUUAAUAGAUAGAGAGAAGAAACAGGGACCCCCUAGUACAGUGGUUCACAAACUUUUUGCCGUGUGCCCCUAGGGUGCUUCCAUUUGCGGCCCAAAGAAAAUUAAUAAAAUGCAACGUUUGAAUUAAACAAAACUUGUUAAAUGAUACAAUGUAGUGCUGUUGGUUAGUAGCCGUAUUUUCCUGAGGUUUAAUUACACAGAAUUUAUGAUUGUGCAUUUUAUAAAAUGUCCCCAGUUUAAGAACCACUGCCCUUAUACAUCAUAUUAUCAAAUUAAGACUGCAUUUAUUAUUUAUAACACAUAUGGUAUGAUGUUUUUUUACAAAGA